AUGUCGCCGCAUGGCAUGCCUCUCCUCCGCCGAGCCUGUGACCGUUGUCACAGCCAGAAACUCAGCUGUCAGCGCCACGACAACGGCUCCUGCGAGCGAUGUGUCAAGGCAAACACGACAUGUACGUCGAGCCCCUCGCAGCGGAACCGUGGGGCCAGGUCUCAGUCGUCGUCGACUACAUCGUUGCGGGCCAACAACAGGCGCAAUGGCCAUGCUAGCGUGGGCAAGCCGGGCAGGGCCCUGUCGAUGCUCAACACGGAAAUAGAAAGAGCCGGAGGAGACAUCCGCCUCCCGGACGCGGUGGCGAACAAUAAUAACAACAACAACAACAAUAACAAUGGCGAUAGCAGCUUCGACGACGCCAUGCGCGAGCUGAUGUCAACGCCUGCUGUCGAGCGAGGCCCGGGACUUCAUCAUUUCCAGGACGUCGGCGCCGACAUGGACAGCGGCAGCGCCGCGGAGACGCUGGACAACAGCCAGAUGGAUGGGAUCGUCUCGCAUGAUUCAGGCCGCGACGAGUCCGUGGAUGUUGACUGGAACAUGAGCACUGCGAGUGCCUUCUCGAUAAGCGAUUUCGACUUCCAGUCGUCUCUGGGUCUGGGGCUAUUGCAAACUUCACCCACGACCCCUGAGAGUCUACAUGCGAGCCCAAACCUUAACAACACCGAUCAGAAUAGAUACUGCAUCCUGCAGAGCCUCAGUGGGACCGUGACGCCGGCAACUACUACCACCAUCGCCGUGAGCGGCGGCAGCAGUAGCAGCAAAGUAGCCGGAUUCUUUGACAACUACCCAAGCAGGAAUAUGAGAGGUCUGACGACUACGUCGACCAGCAAGAGCCAGAGACAGAGCCCGAGCCGUAGUCAAAGUCAGAGGCAGGAGCAACAGUCUCAGCAUCGGCCUCGUACCACCACCCAGACUGACGGACAGUGGCUCCAGAAGCUGGUUGAGAUCAACGUGCGUCUCUUCAACCACGCCAAUCAGGUCACGAAUCAGACGGCAUCCACUGCCACCACUAACGCCACUGCCUCCUCUGACGGACAGAGCCCUGCCACCCCCAAUGACUUCGACGAGACCGUUGUGCUCUCCAUGCUCUUCCUCCAGGCCCUGCGCAACCUGCACAGCACCAGCAGCAUCCGCGAACUGCCCACAGCCCAUAUAACCGCGGCAUUAUCUAAAACACCACCAGUUCUGGACCCUGGCACUACGCUCAUCAUAUGCUCCUGUUACAUCCGCGUGCUGGAGCUCUUCAUCGAACGAUUGCAUGCCAUCCGCGACACACUUCUCUGCGGCGGUAGGAGCAGCCCCGUCGGCGUACCGACGCCAGCAGCAACCGACGGCGCUGCUUCCGCCUCACCUGCCCCUCCGCUCCCUCUACUCGCCCUGCCCACCCUCGCAGCCUGCUCGUGCCCGAUGGACGACUACCCCGUCCUCAAGGUCCGCAUGACGCUGGUUCUUGUCGAGGAGAUCCUGGACGUCAUGAGCGCGCUGAUGCUGCCCAUCAUCCGUGGGCCUUCGUCCACGUCGCCGGCGUCCGGCGGUGGGCUGUGGGAGAAGGAGGAGGAAGAGGAGGAGCGCCGGCGGGCGAUGCCGUGGCGUAGCAGCGGGGCGGCGAUAUUGUCCCAACCGAGUCAGGUGCCUCAGGUCUCGCUGCAGGCUCUGUCCACGCGGGAGGAGGCAGCAUACCAGAUUAUUCGGGACAUUAGGCGGGAUCUGAAGACCAGUCGACGAUUUGUGGUCUAG